GGGUCAAAGGUCAUCCAGAUCUCCUGAUGCAUCCUGAACAUCUGCCGGAGCGACACACUACUAACUAGGGAAUGGCUGCAGUCACAGAGCUCUCCUUCCUGCUGUUUGCUCUCAUCAACUACAUCCAUGCUCAAGAACUGAUCCUCAUCAAAGAGAAAUUAAGGUCUCACACCUUCAAGCUCCCCGAGAACACCAACUCCUGCCUGAUCUCCAGGUGUGUUGGUGAGGAGAAGCUUGUCCUGUGGAACACCUCUGACCUCUGGUCCAACAGCUCCUCAGUACCUCAACACCUGAAACAACGACUGGUCAGCUCGGUGGAAACUUCUUCUUACACCAUCCUCCACCUGACCCAUUCAGACUCCGGCCGGUACCGAGAGGAGUGUUGGACUGAGGGCAACGUGACGCAUGACAACAACUUCACUAUUACUGUUUGUUCUUCAGUAGAUCUGAGAGAUAUCACAGCAAGACUUGGAGAAACAGUGGACCUGUCAUGUGAGGGAGCAGCUGAUAAUCUGGAUAUCCAGUGGCUCAAACAGGACUCUAGAUAUGAUUAUGGACCAUGGAACAGAGUUUUUGGGGACAAGACGACAUCAGUGAUGGACAAUGUUAGAGGAAGAUACCAAGUGGUGACAAACACAUCAGCUCUUCGUGUUUCCAACAUCACAACAACAGACUUUACAGUCUACAGAUGUCUGGUGAUGAACCAACAGCAGUGUGUUAGCAGUAACACUGUAUGGUUGUUCCUACCGUAUGAGAUAAUCUACGGUUCAGUGGGAGAGAGUGCUGUGUUGCCGUGCUCUAUCACUGACUCCACUGAUGAACAGCCCCCACGUUGGUCUAAAAUGAAACUGCUCUACUCUGACCUAGAACUACACAACCAGACUGAUCCUUCAGUAGACCAAAACUACUCGCUGGUGUUUUCAUCUCUAAUGUUAAAUCAUUCAGGUCAGUACUCCUGUAAAGCCUCUAUCAGAUAUCAACAGUAUGAUCUGUUUGUGUGCCCCAAAUUUAUCCCCCCUGCUGUAGAGCUCUUCUCAGAGGGAGAAGAAGUCACUCUCAGAUGCAGAGAUUGGAGAAAGGGUUGGAGGCAUUAUUGGUUUAUUAAGUCACACCGAACAGAGGGAAGAAUCUUUAAUGUACCGUAUGAACAGAGAAUGAGCAGAGUGAGCUGGUACUAUGAUAAUGGGAGCCUGGUUAUCUCUAAUAUCUCAGUGGGAGACGCAGGGGAGUACUGGUGUGUAGUUUAUGACCGAUAUUUACAGUGUUUGUCAACCGAGAGAACUGUGUUAGUGUACAUGGAGCCCUUUGGGAUUUACUCCACCUUCUUCAAAGUGCGAUGCUCAGUGCUCAGUGUCCUGCUGCUGAUGCUCUGUGCUGCUGUAGUCGCUGUGAACCUGAGGACACGGAGAGGAGGUAUUGGUAGUGCUCCCGUGGGUGCUGUGUUGUGGUUCAGGGGUAUUGGUAGUGCUCCCGUGGGUGCUGUGUUGUGGCUUAUCACGGUCAACUGUGCCAGUCAUCAUCAGACAAACAUGCAACUCCACCUCCUCGUCUUUCCAGGUGAUGACAGCGCCUUCUCGGAGCUCCUCCCCCCCAGCUGUUCUUUCCUCAACUCGCCCAGAGUGUCAGGUCGAGGCGGAGGGCUGGCCACGCUCUUCAAAGAGGAGUACAGAUUUGUUUAUCGCCCACCAAAACUCAACAAGGAUUUUAUACUUUCACUUGCAGAAAUAACAGAAACUGGUAUCUCAGAUCACUUCCCCAUCAGGUUCGAGAUCAGUGUCCAACCCCCCGCUAUUAAGCCUGUCUCCUCAGCUUUUAGGCAGCGCUGCAUCACCUCCUCUUCAGCUGGAGAGUUUGCUUCUGCGUUUGUGGGCUCAGAGUUUUAUGUAAAGAAUGCUCCUCAGUACCUCAACACCUGA